UGAUGGUUUAAUUCAGUUAGUCUAGACACCCACACAGCGAAGAUGUUAGUCGCUAGUUCCUUAACCGGAGAUUUAAUCGCGGUAGCGGUAGCCCUCGUAACUAUCGUAAUUGUUUAUUGUAAAUGGACAUACCAAUAUUGGGCCAGACGCAACGUACCAUAUUUCCAACCCCAAAUACCAUAUGGGAACCACAAGAAGACCCUCCGGGGUAAAGAACACAUCGGUGUGUCUUUAGCAAAAAUCUACAGCGACAUGAAGCACAAAGGAUGGAAGUACGGAGGUAUUUAUAUCUUCACCAAACCCAGUUUCUUCCCUACCGACCUAGACAUCAUCAGGAAUAUAAUGACGAAAGAUUUUCACCACUUCGUCGACCGCGAUGUGUUUUACAACGAAAAAGAUCCCCUUCAGGCUCACCUACUUAACCUAAGUGGCACGAAAUGGAGGAAUCUGAGAGCUAAACUAACACCGACGUUCACUUCUGGUAAGAUGAAGAUGAUGUUCAAUGUAAUGGCCGAAUGUCAAAGAGAUUUGUACAAACGAAUGGAUAAAGAGUGCGAGAAGAGAGAACCCAUCAACAUUAAAGAAAUUCUGGCCUGUUUCACCACGAACAUCAUCGGAUCUUGUGCCUUCGGUUUGGAAUUUAAAGCCCUGGAAGAUGAAAAUUCUGAGUUUAGAAAAAUAGGGAGAAAAAUGUUUACGUCUUCGCGGUGGCUGCGUUGGAAGAGGACCUUCUCUACAACAUUUCCUAAAGUGGCUAAGGUUUUAGAUUUAUCUAUGUCACGACCGGAGAUUGCAGGUUUUGUGAUGAACAUGGUGGAAAAGACGAUAGAUUAUAGAGAGAAGAAUAAAGUAACUAGGAACGACUUCAUGCAGUUGAUGAUUAACCUCAAGAACAACAAGCCCACGAAUCCUGGUGACCACGAUGGGAAGCCUCUAACCAUGGACGAAGUUGCAUCCCAAUGUGUUGUUUUCUUUGGGGCUGGGUUUGAAACUUCAUCUACUUUAAUGACUUUCGCUUUAUACGAACUUGCAAAGAAUGAAGAUAUUCAAGAAAGGGUCAGAAAUGAGAUUAACUCCGCCUUAAAGAAGUACGACAAUCAGAUUACGUAUGACUCGAUCCAAGAUAUAGGUUAUCUAAAUCAGGUUAUUGAUGAAACAUUAAGACUUCAUCCACCAGCAGCCCUCUUGAAUAGAAAAUGCGUCAAAGACUACAACGUUCCAGACCAUGAUGUGGUGAUUGAGGCAGGUACCAAUGUUACAAUAUCGGUUCUUGGGAUUCACCACGAUGAAGAAGUUUAUCCUGAACCUAAGAAGUUUGAUCCGGAUCGGUUUAGUGAUGAAAAUAGGAAAACAAGACACAAUUAUGCCCACAUACCUUUCGGAGAAGGUCCUCGCAAUUGUAUUGGGAUGAGAUUUGGAUUGUUACAAGCUAAAGUUGGCUUGGUUUCUUUGUUGCAGAACUAUAAAUUUACGGUGAACAAAAAAACACAGGAACCUUUGUUCUAUAGUCCACCCAGUAUUGUACUUACAGUGCAAGGGGACGUUUGGUUGAAUGCUCAAAAAAUAUAGAUUGUAUUUUGUGUAUUAUUUAUUGGUGUAGUAACAUCUAUUCUUAAAGUAAGAAAUAAAGGUCAUUUUUCACA